UAACAAUUUUUAUUUUUUUUUGGUACGUAAGAAAAAACUCAUCAGCGAGUGAGUGAUAUAUCAAAGAACAAGAUUGUUGACUCUGAGAGCAAGAGCAACAAUGGUGAAGAAGGAGGAGUUUUUGACGGGAGACGAGAUCAGAGAGGUAGCCAGAGCUGACUUCCCACCCAACUUCGUCUUUGGGGUGGCCACUUCUGCUUAUCAGGUUGAAGGUGCGAGCAAUGAGGGUGGUAGAGGUCCAAGUAUUUGGGAUGCUUUUUCACACACUCCAGGUAAAAUUCUUGAUGGAAGCAAUGGGGACAUUGCAGUGGACCAAUAUCAUAAGUACAAGGAAGAUGUUGAGCUCAUUUCCCAGCUGGGAUUUCAAGCUUAUCGAUUUUCCAUAUCAUGGUCUCGCAUCUUCCCAGAUGGUUUGGGAACCAAGGUCAAUGAAGAGGGAAUUGCUUAUUACAACAAUCUCAUUAAUGCUCUUCUUGAGAGAGGUAUCCAGCCUUAUGUAACUUUGUACCAUUGGGAUCUUCCCUUGCAUCUUCAAGAGAUAAUGUUAGGGUGGCUCAACAAGGAUAUAGCAAAAUACUUCGCCAUAUAUGCAGAGACUUGCUUUGAAAAUUUUGGUGAUAGAGUCAAAAAUUGGUUUACGAUCAAUGAGCCCCUUCAAACUGCUGUAAACGGUCAUUGUGUCGGAGUAUUUGCUCCAGGGAGAUAUGAGCAGGCAUCCACAGAACCAUAUUUGGCUUCACAUCAUCAACUCUUGGCCCAUGCUGCUGCUUAUUCCGUUUACCAAAGCAAGUUCAAGGAAAAACAAGGGGGGAAAGUGGGUUUGGUAGUAGAUUGUGAAUGGUCAGAACCUAAUUCAGAUAAGAUUGAAGAUCAAACAGCUGCGGCAAGGCGCCUUGAUUUCCAAAUUGGAUGGUACCUGCACCCAAUUUUUUAUGGAGAUUAUCCUGAAUCUAUGCGUGAAAAAAUUGGAGAGCAACUUCCCAAAUUCACAGAGGAAGAAAAGAAUUUGCUUAGGAAUUCUGUGGACUAUAUUGGCCUGAAUCAUUAUACAACAAGAUUAAUUUCACAUGCAAAAGAUAGCAGUGCAGAAAGUGACUACUACGGAGCACAAGAGAUGGAGAGAAUUGUUGAAUGGGAAGGAGGUGAGACAAUCGGUGAGAAGGCGGCAUCGGAGUGGCUUUAUGUUGUUCCUUGGGGAAUCCGGAAGGUUAUUAAUUACGUAGUCAAAACAUACAAUAACCCAACAAUUUUUAUUACUGAGAAUGGUAUGGAUGACGAAGAAAAUAAGGCUGCCCAGCUUCAUGAAAUGCUAGAUGAUAAGCUGAGAGUUACUUACUUCAAGGGAUAUCUUGCUGGAGUUGCUCAGGCAAUCAAGGAUGGAGCAGAUGUGAGGGGAUACUUUGCGUGGUCAUUGUUGGACAACUUCGAGUGGGCUAUGGGCUAUACAAAACGAUUUGGCAUAGUCUAUGUCGACUACAACAACAACCGGCUUACCCGCCACCCUAAAUCCUCUGCUUAUUGGUUCUUGCGGUUUCUUAAAGGUGAUGAAGAUAAGAAAGGCAAGGAAGAGUAGUACUAAUACUAGCACUAUUCUAGUAGUAACUCAAAUGUCAACAUCCCUUGUGUGCUUUGCAUUUUCAAUUACUCUCUUUCCUUACCGGUCCACCAUUGUAUUGCAUGCACAUUUAUGCCUUGUAGAAACUUUGUAAUGGCUAUCCCCUCCUAUUAUGACCAAAAAAAAUACAGAAAUUUGGUAAAUAAAAAAAAAUAUUACUCUAAA